GAUAAACGAAAAGCCGCGCGCGAAACCAUCGACAUCCUAUACGAGAUUUCUUCCUUGCUUUUGGACCGUCAAUCGCUGUCUUACUGCGUCUCGCUUAUUGAGAAUGGUGUAAACCCGGAUGCUCUGGCUACCUCCGAGACCGCAACGGCGUUGCCACAGAGCCUCGUGAGAAGCAAUGAA